GGAGGUGGCUUGGUAGUCCCAGAUCCAGUGUGUCACCCUUGUCCCAGCAGCAGUGGGGACACUUGGGGGUGCAUUGUGGCAGGCAGGGCCACCCAGGAAAGGGACACAGGACACAGGGGUGUGGGGACAAAGGGCUCUGGGGACGUGAGGCCAUGGGGACACAGGGUGUGGGGACACACAGCUGUGGGGUUGCAGGACCACAGAGCCAUGGGGACACAUGACACAGGGACACACAGAGGUCCAUAGGGACAUGGGUCCAUGGGACACACACUUGGAUCCUUAAGCACAUGUGGAUCCAUAGAGAGGGGGGAUACACACAGAUCCAUUGGGAUUUGGGUCCAUGGAAAUACACAGAUGGAUCUGUAAGGACACAGGGACAUGGGUCCACGGAAACACAUGUGAAUCCGUUGGGAUUUAGGUCCUUUAGGACACACACAAAUCCAUGGAGACAUGAGUCUGUGGAAACACAUGUGAAUCCAUUUGAAUUUGGGAGCAUUUGGAUACACAAGAGUCUAUAGGUAUUUGGGUCCAUGGGAGCACACAUGGAUCUGUGAGGACACAGGGACAUGGGUCCCUGGAAACACACGUGAAUCCAAUCCAAUUUGGGACCAUUUGGAUACACACGAGUCUAUAGGGAUUUGGGUCCAUGGGAACACACAUGGAUCUGUAAGGACACAGGGACAUGGGUCCCUGGAAACACACGUGAAUCCAAUCCAAUUUGGGACCAUUUGGAUACACACGAGUCUAUAGGGAUUUGGGUCCAUGGGAACACACACUCCAGUAUCCGUAGGGCUUUGGGAUCAUGGAAACACACGCGAAUCCACAGGGAUUUGGGUCUAUGGGAACACCCCCGCCCGCCUCCCCUCACGCAAUUCCCGCCUUCCCCCAGGCCGGCCGGUAGGGGGCGUGGCCUGCUAUGAAGCCACUCCCCUCCCUCACUAUGGCCCCGCCCCUUCACUAUCAUUGGCUGUCCUCCUCCCACCGCCGCUCCCUAUUGGCUGGCGGGUCGCGUGCGCUCCCGGACGCGGAAGUGCCGGGGCCGGAGCGGCGGCGGAGACGGGGAACCUGCCAUGUCCAACCUCCCACCUCCGGCGGCAGAUGGGAAUUGCUUCUACAUCCUGACGGAGGACUGUGCCUAUGGAAGCAAAUACUUCCAAGCUGGCAACUUGUGCUUCUGCAGCGAGAGGAGCUACCUGCGGAAUUUUUCCGAGGAUGGGCCUCCAGCUUGUUUCCUGAAGGUCAUCAUGCUGGAUAACAGCUCCACGGUCACCAUCAACCUGGAAAUCCUGCAGCCCCUGCGCCAGGAAGCCGCCGGAUUCCUCCUGGCCAUCGGGAGCCACAGCGAGCGCUUGGAUUUUUUCCUGGAGAGGCUGAGCCUGGAAGGAGCUCUCCAAGCCGUGCCAGGUCAAAAUGUGGUGGUGGAGGUGGAGCGGGAAUUUUUCCCAGGAGUCGUGCGCUACAUCGGGAGCAUCUACAAGCCCAGCUUGGCUGUGCUGUCUCCGGUGUUUUUUGGGGUGGAAUUGCAGGGAGAGGGGGAAAACAGAGGGAGAAGCGAUGGAUCCUAUCACGGCACCGAGUACUUCAAAUGCAAGAGGAACUGCGGGAUCUUCCUGCCCUUCAACAAAAUCCAGUUUAUUCCCACAUCAGGCAACGAUUAUGGGAAGCAGAAGCCAGGAAAACAGGACAUGGAGGAGGUGGUUCCCGUGAAAGUGGGAGAUGCUGUCAGCUUCUACGUGGAUGAGACCCCCACCAAAGGAAUUGCCAUGGCAGUUUACAGGGAAGGGAGCCAGUGGUUCGUGAAGGUUUGCCCGGAGGAAGAAGGAACAACUGACAUUUUCAGGGAAAUCCCCAUGGAUUCUGUUGUGAAGGAGAGCUUGCAAAGUUUUUUCCCAACGUUUGACUCCGACGUGGGCUUUGGAAAACCAAACCAAAUGAAACGAGAGAUAAGCGAGAGCAGCAAGGAGGGGGAAGGUGGAAAUUCCCCCCUGGAAGUGAAUUCCAUGGUCCAGAUUACCUUGGACAAGGGGAAUCAAGUUUCAGGAAUCAUCCGCUGGUUGGGCUACCUGCCCCAAAUCAAGGACAAAAUGGCUGGAGUUGAACUGGAUGAAGACAAGGGGGUCACAGCUGGGGAGUGGCUGGGCAAGUCCUACUUCCACUGCGCCCCGAAGCGCGGCCUCUUUGUGAGGCUGAAUUCCUGCCAGCCCGAUGUGCGCUUCCAGAGCUUUCCCAACUCCGACCUCUCUCUCAGGGAUUACAGAGGACAAGAAGCUCUUCCAGAGGGUCCUGAGAGUUUUCCUCCCCUCAGGAAUGAGGCAGCAGUCCGUGUUCUCCAAGGACGGAUGAAGGGCAUCCAAGGUCAUUGUAAUUCCUGCUACAUGGAUGCAGCUCUCUUCAGCCUCUUCUCCUGUACCUCUGUGCUGGACUCCAUGCUCUUCAUGCCUUUCCCACUGUGUGACAGGAAUGUCCAGGGAAUUCUGCGGGAUGAGAUUGUCAAUCCCCUCCGAAGGACUGGCUUUGUCAGGGCCAGCAGCGUGAUGCACCUCCGGGAGCAGCUCACAGACAAGGGCCAGUGCUCCAGUUUUACCAAUGCUGAGAAAGAUCCUGAGGAGUUCCUCAAUCUCAUAAUGCAGCAGAUCCUGGGAAUUGAGCCACUAUUGAAACUCCAGUCAGGAGGCCAGAAGGAGCAGGAAUGUUACUGCUACCAGAUAUUUAUGGAUAAACAGGAAGAUUUGGUAGUUCCUGAUGUGCAGCAGUUGGUGGAACGCUCAUUCCUGUCCUCAGAUCUGAAGCUGGUGGAGAUCCCAUCUUGCUUCAUUAUCCAAAUGCCACGUUUUGGGAAGGAAUAUAAAAUGUUCAGCAAAAUCAUCCCUUCCUUGGAGCUGGAUAUAACAGAUCUGCUGCUGGACAGUCCCAGGGAAUGCUGCCUGUGUGGAGAUGUUGCCACUCUGGAAUGCUCGGAGUGUUUCAAGGACAAGGUGUUUGCAGCCAGGGGCCUGAAGCAGUUCUGCAGCUCCUGCUCCAGACAGGUUCACUCCCAUCGCUGCCGCAAAGCGCACAAGCCCAGGAGGCUGCACAUUCCAGAGGAAUUCCAGAGCUGGAGCGCCCGGGGCUGCCAGCAGGUCCCACGGGAGAAGCUGGAGCUGUUUGCAGUGCUCUGCAUCGAGACCAGUCACUACGUGUCCUUCGUGAAAUACGGCCCUGGGAACCAGCACUGGAUGUUCUUCGACAGCAUGGCCGAUCGGCACGGUAGCGAAAACGGCUUCAACAUUCCCACGGUGACGCUGUGCCCGGAAGUUGCCAAAUACCUGGACUUGCCCCUGGCUGUGCUGGCCCUGGAGCAGCCUCGGGACAUGGAUGGGGUGGUCAAACGCCUCUUCUGUGACGCCUACAUGUACCUGUACCAGAGCAGGAAAAUGGCACUUUACAAGUGACACCACCCCGGGCCGAUGUCACAGAGCCACGUCAGGAAUGCUUGGAUCAUCCCAGAAGGUGGAAGUAGCUGAGACUGGAUGCUCUGAGCUGCCUCUUCUCACUUCUCUUGUUGUCAAAUUAUCCAAGUCAGGCUGGGUUUGUUAAAUCCUGGCUUUAUCCAGUGGUAGUUGGUCCUUGGGCACAGCUGGACUGGGACUUAUUGGUGCUCAAAUUCAUUCCCGUUCGCCACAUUCCACAAUUCUCCCUCUCUGGGUACUCUGCAGCUGGAGCGUCCCCACAUCCUUGUUUCCCUGCCAUCCCUUCCCUCCAAAGCUGGGGAGCAGCAGGAAUCAAAACCCAAGGAAUUACCCACAGGUUUACCAGGAAACCACAGCCUUUUCUAAAACAUCCUCACCUGGAUUUGUGGAACAAGGAAAAUGAGGUCAGGAUCCAUUUUCCUCACCUGUGUCCCUCAAUUCCCUGCACUUCCCUUUUCCAGCAGUAACUGCCACUUUUACCCACCGUGCCUUAUAUCCAGUCGUGGAUAUCCUGAGCUGAAGCUAUGCUUUAAAAAUAGGUAUUUUUCCAGGAAUGAAACUGGAAGGAGGAUGGAAGUUGAGCAACAUCUGGGCUUCUGCUGCUUCCUCUUUUUUGGCAAAAUCUGCCCAGGAUUCAGUGUUCCAACCUCACUUUUAGCACUUUCUGUCCCAUCUUUGCACCCACCUCGAAGUUCUAGAGUCAAAUACCAGAAUUCCAAGGGCAAAAAUGGAAAAAAAAAAAAUGAGCACUCUGGGAUUUUCUGCAGGAAGGUUUAGGGUUUGGGUGGAACUUGUUUUCCCUAAGUUAAAUAAAUUUGUAAACUUGGGGGCUCUCUGCUAUAAAGUGGGAAGUUGUACUGGAGUCACUGGGAUGCCCAAAUUCCAGAAAAAACCUCAAGGAAAGCAUCCAGGAGUUCCAGAUGUGCAGGUUUAACCCCGUUCCUGCUCUUUUCCCCCAUCUUUAAUGCAGAGUGGAGUAAUUUUAAUACAGCCUGGAGCUUACCAUUGGUCCUGGUGGCUUGGGAUGUUUGGUUUGGAAUCUUUCUGGUAUUCCAGGUGUUGCCAGCAGGUCCUGGAGGGAUUCUUUAUCACUGCUCAGCUCUGGUAUGUCACACCUGGAAUACUGGGUCCAGUUUGGAGCUCCCCAGUACAAGAGAGUUCAAAAUCCAAGGAAAAACCACAGAGAUGAUGAAGGGACUGGAGCAUCUCCUAUGAGGAGAGGCUGAGGGAGCUGGAAUUGCCCAGCCUGGAGAAGAAAAGGCUCAGGCAAUCUCCUCAGUAUCCAUAAAUAGCUGAGGAGAAAAUGUGAAGACACCCAGGAGCUUCUCUGCCCACCAAAAUGGUUCCUUAACAUCAGGAAUUGCAUCUUAUCCAUGAGGAUGACAAAUGCUGGCACAGGUCACUCUCCUUAAUUCCUCCUCUCCCAAAAACUCAGGAAAAUCUCUACUCAGGUACAAUGGACUCCUUAUCUUUGGUGCUUUGCUUAAAAAAGAAUCUAAUUUAUAACAAACUGA